AUGGUGGCUCUUCUGGGGAUCAAGUUUGGUUCCCUCUUUUAUGCUACAAUUGGUUGUGGAGCUGAAGUUGAGGCAUUAGAGGGAUCUAAGCCACAAAAGAAACAUGGUGUCCAAGCUCCUCCAGUUAGAAUGGAUAGCCAAGCAAAAUAUGGUGCUCUAGCACGUGGUGAUGGUGCCAUUUAUCUGCGCAUUCCACACAGAGGUUACAUAGAAACGGUUUGGGAUAAUGCAGCUGGGUCAAUUGUUGUCAUAGAAGCUGGUGGCAUGGUAAAAGAUGCAUCAGGAAAUGAUCUGGAUUUCUCCAAAGGUAGACAUCUUGAUCUCGACAGAGGCAUUAUUGCGACAAAUAAACAUUUAAUGUCAUUAGUUCUGAAGGCAGUCCAAGAGGUUAUAAAAGAGGAGCACUAG